AUGUUGCAGACAGUCGGUGAGUGGCUGUGGUGGGAGCGUCUGUGGCUGCCGGCAAACGUCUCCUGGUCGGAUCUGGAGGACAGUGAAGGUCGUGUCUACGCUAAAGCCUCUCAACUUUACGCAGCUCUGCCCUGUGCCCUCUGCCUGCUUCUAGUCAGAUAUGUGUUUGAAAGGUAUCUGGCCACACCACUGGCUGAUGUUUGGGGGAUCAGGGACAGGAUACGUCAGACAGCAGAACCAAACCCCACCCUAGAAAACUACUUCUGCCACCAAGCACGGGUUCCAUCACAGGCUGAUGUGAGGUCACUAUGUAAAAAGACGAGUUGGUCAGAGAGAAGCAUUCAGGUCUGGUUCAGGAGGAGGAGGAACCAGGAGCGCCCGGGGCUUCGGAAGAGGUUCUGUGAGGCCAGUUGGAGAUGUUCAUUUUAUUUUUUCGCAUUUGUCAGCGGAGUUCUCGCUCUGUAUGAUAAACCUUGGCUUUACAAUCUGAAGGAGGUUUGGGCAGGUUUCCCCAAACAGUCCAUGCUGUCGUCUCAGUACUGGUAUUACCUCCUGGAAAUGGGCUUCUACCUGUCUCUGCUCCUCAGCCUCACAUUUGAUGUGAAGCGGAAAGACUUCAGAGAGCAGGUGAUUCAUCAUAUAGCCACUCUGACUCUUCUGAGUUUCUCCUGGAUUUCCAACUACAUCCGUAUCGGGACCCUCGUGAUGGCAGUUCACGACUCUGCCGACAUUCUGCUGGAGGGGGCAAAAGUAUUCAACUAUGCCAAGUGGCACCAGACUUCGAACGCCAUGUUUGUGGUCUUUACUGUUCUCUUCAUGGCGACAAGACUCGUCAUUUUUCCUUUCUGGCUUAUCCACUGCACAUGGGUCUACCCUGUGGAGCGGUUCCCUCCCUUCUUUGGCUACUACUUCUUCAACGUCAUGCUGGUGGUUCUGCAGAUGCUGCACCUCUACUGGGCUUUUCUCAUUUCACGAAUGGUUUACAAGUUUAUCUUCUCCAAGCUGGAGGGCGACGACAGGAGUGACGAAGAGGAGUAUGACAGUGACUCGCAGAGGGAAAUAAACCACAAACUGAGUCACAUUAAUGGCGCUGGAGCCAGAGACCGAGCCAGUGGCCACUGACACAUACAGACAGACAGGGAAAGUCAGUAGCAGACUCAUGGACAGAUUCAGUCUGGAUUGCAGCUCUUAGAACCUAAUUGCAUAUUUA